AUGAGGGAGGCCCCCGCUUCUCCCAUGAAGUCCUCCGCUCCUAACUUCAGGACCCACCUCUUCUCCUCGCCCCUCGCCAUCUUCGUCCUCGCAGCCAUCCUCCUCUCCUCCAUUCUCUUCAUCGCUCACAGUGGGUCCACCUCCUCCUCCUGGUUCUCCCCUUCUCUCUCCUCCACCUCUUCCUCCCGGUCGUGGCUCAACGACCGCCGCUUCGCCGCCGCCGCCGCCCCUCAGCCGCCGGCGAACGGCGGCGCUGACUCCAGGGAAUUGCACGGUGGAGUUCAGAGGCUUCUCCCGUCUCCGGCGCCGCCGGGGCCACCAGGUCUAUUCACUGUAAGCCACGUAACCCUCUGCCAAAAUAAACACGCUAAAAGUUAUUAUCGAGAUAUUUAUUUAUUCAUUUAAUAUUAAAAUAUAUUCCUCUGGGAUGUUUCAUUAAAAUUCUUGGUGGAGGACGCAUCCCCGAAUUGUUAAAUAUCCAUGGUAUACGGAGAAGAGUCUAAAAUGGUACGAAGAGGGGACAUGAACAAGCCCCCUCCCCACUCCCAACUGUUCUUCUUUCUUCUUCAUAAGUUGUUAAUCUCUAUGUCCUCAUAAGCUCCUCUUCUCUUCCUUCCACACCUUCACGGGCCCUCUGCUUUCAUCCAUCACAUCGGGCCCACUCACGGGCUCACAGUAGGCCAAUGGCCGACGGUGUUUUUCAUAAAAACUGAGAUUUAUUACCUAACUGUCUGUCCUACCCACUACUAAGUUGUUUUGCGUUCGGGGCGCGUAGUCGAGAAUUUUGGAAGGGCAUAUGUAUAAUACAAAGUUUGUAGAUGUUAGAAAUGUGGGAAAGUUUCUUUAAGGCCCAAUUAGAACCCCGGGAAUCUGCCAGAAGAUGGGCCAACGUGGGAAUCGAUUGCUGUGACAGCCCGCCAAACAGGCGUUUUGAGCCGCCCGGUCCGAUUGGGAGGGCCACCACCACUGUGGAAAAGCUUAUGCAAUAAGAUUAAAGUCUCCGAAUUCGAUGGUUCCCCCGGGUGAAUUUCUUCAAGUACGACGAUCCCGAGCGCGCCAUUCUUCAGUUCAAUGUGAGUUCCCCCUUGUUUUCUACGACUCCAUCUAAACUUUCUGUAGAUUCUUCCACUCGAAUUUUCGAUCUCCACGUCAUGGAAACCCUUGCAAGUACGUUCCAAUUGUGCAUUACGUAGAGGAUCAGGGAGAUGGCGAUGGAGAAGGGAACUUUGUUUCCUAUGCUGUUUGUUUGUAUAUAAGCGGGAACCUAUCGCACACUGACAGCUCGGAGAUUAGUGCACUUUAUCGAGUGAAUGCAUUGGAAUACUGCGUUAUAUUUAUUGGAUGUGGUGGAUAUUAUGGCGUACGAUAAAUAUUGCAAGUCUAGUUGCUGCUCUUGAGAGAUCCAUUCGGCACUAUUUUCAUUUUGUGUUUUGUAUUCUAGUCUUCACAUGACUAUGCUGCUAAGUUAUAUUUAUAAAUCUUAUUCCAUACAGUGUCUUCUGUGUUUACAGGGGUUUUUUUUUCAGAUUUACUCAUGUGUGUUCUUAUCUGUAGGGAAAAAAUAAUUUGGUUGGGACGAGGAAGAACAGAUCGGUUGAUCUAAAAUUGGAAAGACUCGAGCUGGAUCUUUCUAGAGCACGUACAGCCAUUAGACUUGCAUCCCGGUCGAAUAAGAAUGCGUCGGCACCUGCCGACGACAAAUAUGUUCCACAAGGAGCAAUAUAUCGAAAUGCGCGUGCAUUUCACCGGUAUUGAUUUGAUAAUUUGUGUUUGUGAUCUCAUUGACGUUUAUUUCAUUGUGAUGAUUUAUUGGAUCAUAUUAUGUCGAAAAAUAUAGAAAUAAGUCCUUAUCUGUUUCAGUUUUUCUGCAUAUUUUAAUCUAUUAUGGAAUUCUGUGUAAGAAGAAGAUUAUGGACAUUAGGAGUAAGACUGGAAAUCGAGUACGAAUAUGUCUGUAAGAGGAAGAGACGGGGUCUCUGAGAGGUUGGAAAGGAUGGCAAGAUGGGAUAGGAAUUGCACAUUGUUUGGGUAUUGUGAUCCAAUACGUUUCCAAAUGGUGUAGAUCGAAGUGCAUAAUGCAUUGAUGACUGAAGAUCCUCACAUUUGAUAGGAGGCUGCAGAUCACAAGGUAGCUGUGCGAUUCUCAAUAACAGCCCACUAUAACGGAGAAUCUUAGUAAAUUGAUGCCUUGAUGGAAUCAAUUUUAUAAGAUGUUGUAUUACUGGAUUUUCUAUCUUAUUUGGAUCUACUACGUGUAGUCAGAUGUAAAAAUAAUGUCCUAUCUGCUGAUGGACAUGCUUUCUUCCAAUGAAAACAUAUAAUUUUUAUUUCCAUGUGGUUGGUUUACUUUCUAAAAAAAAAAUUGUCAGAUGAUACUAUAGAGAAAAAGGAUUCAAUCAUCUGUAGUAUCUGAGGUAGCAUACAUCAAAUUUUAAUCCAGUAAGGAAAACUAUGUAAGGAAAUAGCCCUAAACAGGACCCAUCUCAACCACCGAAAAUGUUUUCUCAAAAAAUUAAACGUGAAAAUCACCAUUUCCCCCAAAUGAAAGAUGAGAGGAGGCUCUUGCUGUAAUUUAUUUUACUUUCUACAGGAAAUGUCAUUGAUUUGACCUCUUGAUAUAGUAUAUAAUGCCUUUCUACUCGGAGAUAAUAUAUUACAUCUCCUUGUGGCUAUUGCCUCCUAAUUACUUUCACGAUACUACUUCUUGAUAGCAUAGAGUAACCUGUGGGAUUAUUGGAUGAAAAUUGAUGAUUUUCAGGUUGGAACCAUCCAGUUAUGUGCGACAUAGACAUUCAAGCUAUUUUUAUGUAUUUUUGAAUAACUUUUUGAUGCUGCAGAAGCUAUCUCGAAAUGGAAAGACUCUUCAAGGUAUAUGUGUACGAGGAGGGUGAACCACCUCUGUUUCAUGACGGGCCAUGUAAGAGUAUCUAUUCCACGGAGGGCCGGUUUAUUUACAAUAUGGAAAUGGAAACUAGGUUUAGAACAAGAGACCCAGAAGAGGCGCAUGUUCAUUUCCUCCCCUUCAGUGUCACAUACAUGGUCAAAUACCUUUAUCAGACCAGAACCUUUGAUAUCAGCCCAAUCAGAAGGACAGUUAUAGAUUACGUUGGUACAAUUGCGAGAAAGCAUCGAUACUGGAAUAGAAGCCUGGGAGCGGACCAUUUCAUGCUCUCAUGCCAUGACUGGGUAAGUAUUUCCGUCAAUAAUUGGGCAUAUUUUAUACGAAACAGUAAUAUUUCUGCGAGGAAUGAAUGAUUACCUGCCAAUCUUAGGAAUAUUUCCGCCCAAGACGUAAAUUCUUAUGCCCUGAGUUAUUGAUCUUCAUCUACUGCAGGGGCCCGAGGCGUCUGCCUCUAUCUCUCAUCUUUACCAUAAUUCCAUACGUGUCCUCUGCAAUGCAAACACCUCUGAGGGGUUCAACCCUCUGAAGGACGCCUCGCUUCCAGAGAUCAACCUCAGGACCGGCUCAAUCGAAGGAUUCAGCGGUGGGCUCUCCGCUUCUCAACGCCCGAUCAUUGCAUUCUUCGCAGGGGGGCUGCACGGGCCCAUCAGGCCUCUCCUCCUUGAUCACUGGAAGGGUAGAGAUAAUGAUGUUCGAGUCUAUGAGUACCUCCCCAGGGGAAUAUCCUACUAUGACAUGAUGAAGGACAGCAAAUUUUGUCUGUGCCCGAGUGGGUAUGAAGUGGCGAGCCCGAGGAUUGUGGAGGCUAUCUAUCUCGAGUGUGUGCCCGUGAUUAUCUCUGAGGGCUACAUUCUGCCGUUCAGCGACGUCCUGGACUGGAAGUCCUUCUCUGUGGAGGUUCCGAUCUCAGAGAUACGAAACCUUAAGAAGAUACUCAUGGAGAUAACCCCCGGCCAAUAUUUGAAGUUGCAGAGGGGGGUUAAGCUGGUCCAGAGGCACUUUGUAAUCAGCACUCCUCCAAAGAGGUUCGAUGUCUAUCACAUGAUCCUUCAUUCUAUAUGGCUUCGGAGGCUGAAUAUACGCAUUCAUCCAAAAGAUUAA